AAGUUCACGCCUUUUGAUCCUUUAAGGACAUGUAAAUCCGGGGGGAGAAAGCAGGCGUGGGGAGCCUCCUGGAGCGUUUUUACGCACCGGGUAAUUAGAGCGCACGGAGUGCCAAAAGGCGCAGACGCGCUGUGAUUGGCCGCAGCGGGCACCGCGCUCUGCUGUUGUUUCAGAGUUGAGCGCAUGCAGAGCGCUGCACCUCCACAGACCCACUGAGCAGCGGAGGAGCGCAGCAGGAAAGCGUCCUGAACGACACCCCCCUUUUUUCUUUCUCUCGCUGCAAACUCGAGUUCCUUCAUUAACGCACUGCAGUUUCCACUUGUAGCUCCUUCACACAAAGAGGACAUGGGCUCUGCUGCGGUGCUGUUCGGGAGGAUGACCCGGCUGCUUCUCCUGUUUGCUGUCACGUGUGGAGCAUCAGAGUAUGAGUACACCUGGCCCGAGGGCUCCUACAACAGCGGGCGUAGCUACGGCAAAGCGCCCCAGUGCGUCGACAUCCCGGACGACCUGCGGCUCUGUCACACGGUGGGCUACAGCCAAAUGCUGCUGCCCAACCUGCUGGAGCACGAGACCAUGGCCGAGGUGAAGCAGCAGGCCAGCAGCUGGGUUCCGCUGGUGCACAAGAACUGCCACAAGGACACGCAGGUCUUCCUGUGCGCGCUCUUUGCGCCCGUGUGCAUGGAUCGGCCGAUCUACCCGUGCCGCUGGAUGUGCGAGACUGUGCGCGACAGCUGCAGCCCCAUCAUGGAGGCGUUCGGCUUCCCCUGGCCGGAGAUGCUCACCUGUGACAAGUUUCCAGAAGACGGGGUUUGCAUCGCCGUGGCGCAGCCGAACGCCACAGAGGCCAGCGGGCCUUCAGGUCCCUCUCCCGUCUGCCCCCCAUGUGACACUGAACUGAAAACCGACGCCAUGGUGGAGAAUAUUUGUGCCAGUGAGUUUGCUUUCAAAGCCAAGAUCAAGGAAGUGAAGCAAGAAAACAUGGACCGUAAGGUGAUCCUGCAGAGGAGGAAGAGGAUGGUGAAAAUAGGGAAUCUGAAGAAGAAGGACUUGAAGAAGCUGGCUUUGUACUUGAAGAAUGGUGCAAACUGUCCCUGCCAGCAGCUGGAGGCCCUGGAAAACCAGUACCUCAUCAUGGGGCGCAAAGUAGACAAGCAGUACCUCCUCACGGGGAUCCACAAAUGGGACAAGUCCAGCAAGGAGUUCAAAAAAAUCAUGAAAAAACUAAAGAACUACAAAUGUCCCGCCUUUGAAAAUGUCUUCAAAUAAAAAAAGACCUGUGGCUUCAACGGGUUGCUUUGUUAUACUUAUGAACUUGCACAAGCAAUGCCAAACUUUCUUUCUAUUGUGUUAUGUCUCAAUAUAUCUUUACAUAUGUACAAAUAUAUUUUUGAAAAUCCAUGUCAAUGUUCAAUUUUAGUGUAACGUGAUGACACUACAAAUAUAAAAAAUAUUUUUUUUGUUUUGCUCCUUUAGCCUAAAACUUCAAUAAAAAAAGCAAAAUCUAAUUUGUCUGAAUCAUUUUUACACAUUGGCUAUAAUAAAGCGUUUCUUUGGCUUUUCCUGUUAACAAGUCAGAGGAUUCGUUGGUUAUCUUUGGAAAAAAAAAAAAAGGUUAUUUCAUGUUUUGUACAAGUAGAGUAAAGUCCAUGCAUCUAAGUAAUAUGUAAAGUUUACUCGUAUUAAGACCUGUGGUUUUUUAAUCAUAAUUUUCUGAGUAAAGCCCCGGUCCCAUUGGCUUUCACAGCCAAAUCACUGCUGGAGCACGGAAAAACAUUCAUCCCCGGGGUACAGACGCUGUUAUGAGCGGAGUGGUAGUGCAAUGGGCAAUAUAGGGGCGCGGAAUCAAUGUGCAUUCACGCGGUACAAAAUUUGGCCGCCGUUACACGCGGAAAUAAUUUUUGAACUGCACAAAAAUUGAGACCGCAGGCGACUACCUGUGGUACAGCAGUACUGCCGUGCAAUGGCUGUGAAACGGCAGUGCAACAGCAGCUUCAGUGCGAGAUCGAACCGUGGAGCGGAAGCAGGCACGCGCGCUUGGACAUCGAAAUUCCGCACUCGUACACGGCUGCAGCACGGUCGUUUCCCCGGCCAGUCUGCGCCUGUAUCGCCGCUUAUAUCGUCUUUUUAGCGGCUGAUUGAGGGAGGACGUGCUUACACGGAGUAGGGAGUGCUCUGGCAGAUGAACGGCAGAGGAAUGGACUCCGGUGUCUGUAUCACUGCAAUUCUGCGAGCAUGCAUAAAGUUGGCGCGUCUAAGCGCGUGUGGCAGAUUUUCCAACUUUUUUACCCGUGAUACGUCUGUCAAAUCCUCUGGGACCGUGCCUUAAGGACAAAAAAAGUUCAGUUUGUGCUGGAUUUUCUUCAAAAGACGAAUAAAACCGUAAGAAAAAAUGACCUAUUAUUGUUUUACCAACAACUCCACAGCUUGUAUGCUAGUUACCCCUUUGCUUGUUAACUUUUUGCAUGAAAAAAUAAAAAAAAAAUCUUUCUGAUGACAUGAAAUACUCUUAAAUAAAGAGCUUUUCAGCUUUAAAAGCUGCACAGAGGGUAUGUGGCAGUAUUUCCAAUGAGUAUUUGUCAAAGAUUGCACUACCACGUUUUCCAAACAUGUCCUGUAUGAAAACCAACAGGCUGUUGGCAUGUUUCUCAAUUUUUAUGUUUUUUUUGUUUUGCUACUUUGUUUUUGCCUGAAUAGCCAUGAGUGAUAUUAAAUGACAUUUAGUAAUACAUCUUUAAAAUUGCUAAGUGUAUCACAUUGUUUUUAAUAUCAAUUUCAUGUUGUGAUAUUUUCUGCUUAAGUCUUACUGGUCUGUUUGAGCACUGUUUUGUCUCACAUUGAAAUGUCAGCUGUUCAUUUUUGCUUGUUAUCUGUACAUAUAAAGUUAACAUAAAUGUGGAAAACCAAA